CAUAUUCGUUUACAUGUGAUAUGGGCUUUUGCUAAGAAUGUAUGUAAAUAAUAAAUCAUGACUGUUUGUACUUUAAUAUAAACAAAAAUUAAGAGGUAUAGAUCCAAAUGAUUACCUGCUUGUGACGUAGAGAAAGUGACAGUAUAUUUCAAACUUACAAACUGCUAUUUAAAGCUGGUUACUAAGGAAAAAGCCUUUCACUGACGGAUUCAGUAUUAAUAGCUACGAAAGUGUAGAGAAAAAUGCCAAGAUCUGAAGAAACAAAUGUUAAAUCCGUUACUCGAAAUAGCUAUCGAGAUAGAAAACCUAUUGGGUAUGUUACGAUAGAACAAGCAGUUGAUGAAAAGACUUUUCAAAGACUAACAUAUAUAGACUCCCGACAGGAAUAUGUAGUUCAACGUCAUUCACCGCGAAACGUCGGUUGUCAGAUGAACACAAAUUACGAGAUACUACUAUCAAGACGCACCUCUCCUCCGACUCCAACACCGCCACCAUCACCACCACCGCCACAGCCGUCACCGCCAGCACAGUGCGACGUCGGUUGUCAGAUGACCACAAAUUAUGUGAUACUACUAUCAAAGCGCAUCCCUCCGCCUCCGCCACCACCACCACUUCCACCGCCACCACCACCACCGCCACCACCACCAACGCCACCACCUACUAAAAAGGGCCAGUUAGUUUAUUGUAUAGAUUUGAGACCACCUACAGAAAUAUUUGAGCCAAAACCAUUUGAGAUUGAUCCUCCUAUCCUACCUAAACAGAAGGUAAAAAAGAAAAAAAUUGACGAUUAUAUAGUCACAGUUGGUGGCGGAUGGAAUAAAAUGAACGACUAUAUGGAAAGACAUGAACCUGUGAAGAGAUUCGUUUACGAAAGAGAGCAAUUAAAAAACUCCGAUUUACCCGAAAAAAAGAAAAAGUACUAUGGAUUCAAAUCCAUUUAUAAGUCACCUGGAUACAGAAAAGCUCAUCGUAUUUUAUAAAUUAAAAACUUUUUUCCGGAUAUAUAAUAAUUGACGUACAUUUAUGUAAAGUAACUUAUUUAUGUUAUUGUCAAAAGUCUAAUAUCCAGCCCCCCAAGGGUGACUGGGGAAUAGAAGUAUGGUCACCAUUGGUCUUCCUCCGACCGGCAGUAAAACCCGUGCUAAAGUGGGGCGUCCGUUUGGCUGUGCGGGAUGUACAAAUUUGCAGCCACGUCCGGUCAGAAUGGGGACGUUAAAUCCGAUGCCUCGUGUAAAGAGAGUGCCACGCUCUUUGCACGUUAAGAACCUUUGCAACAACUCUUUGAGGGGUCCGUAGGUGACCUGUUGCAAGGCUAAAUGUCUGUCCCUAUCCAAUAUACCCUCAUUUCCCGUGGCAGUCUAAAUUUCUCCGACCUCAAUCCCAGACGCCUAUAUUACAGAACCUACCUAUUGUAUUUAUUGUUAAUUUGUUCUCGUCCUGAAUAUGCAUGAAAUAUUUGCCACUGGACGUUAAGCAACCAACAAUCAAUCAAUCAUCUAAUAUCCAGACCGAUGCUAGUUAGUCCCCUAUUGUACCAUAUGCGCUGUGUCUACUAGUCAGAACUAGUAUACCUAGAAUGCUAUUUUUAUAUUAAAAAUGUGUAUUUUAUAACUAUGUACUUUUAUUAAAACUUAGGGAUGGUCAUAUAUGGUUUAUGUUGAACUGGUGUUAUAUGUUUUGCUUUUUAUGCUCCCAGAUAGUUAAAGUUAUUAACAUUCCUCAAUUUUCAAGAAAAAAUGCUUAUUGUAAAUUAAUGUUAUCUAUCGAAAAAGAUUCAGAUCACAUAAGACACCAUGAUUCUGCAGGGGAGACAUUUUAGUUUCUGAUUUUAAUAUGCGAGCUUUGUUAUGAGUUUUCAGUAUUUGAAAUAAAAAUGAGAAUUCUU